AUGUCUACUCUACUGGAAAAUAUCAUUGCCAUCAUUGACCUUUUCCAUCAAUAUUCAAGUAAAGAUAAGGAAAAUGAAACACUGAGCAAAAAAGAGCUGAAGGAACUUCUGGAAACAGAGUUUCGGCCAAUCCUGAAGAACCCAGACGAUCCAGAUACUGCUGAUGUCUUCAUGCAUGUGCUGGAUAUAGACCACAACCAGAAAGUGGACUUUGCUGAGUUUUUCCUGAUGGUAUUCAAGUUGGCUCAAGCAUACUACGAUUCUAUGAAAAGACAGAACUUGCGAGCAUCGGGUCAAAAGCACAAAAAUAUAGAUCAAGCAGAAGAGGGAAAAAGGAUGAUCGCCAAGCAGAUUCAUCAGAACACUCUACAGAUUCAGCACCUGUACACGGACGGUCAACAGCAGGAUCCAGGACAAAUAGACAUGAUGAAGUCAGUGUGA